GACAGUUUGGCGAGGAAACGUUGAUCCCGGUUGGUAACCCUGCAGAGAUCCCUCAACGAGAAAUUUGCUGUGUGUAAAGUUGGUGUGAAAGGCUAAAUAUUUUGUGGGUUCGUUUUGAAUUUCGACGUAUUCACAUGAAUCGAUGUCAUCUGAUAAGAAAGAAUAUCCUGCAGUAGGAGCUACUGCUCCAGCUGCACAAGCAUACAUUGGUGUUCCAGGUGCUCCUGCUCAUCAAGUUACUAUGGCCACACCAUAUCCUGGUUAUCCUGCUUCUGCUUAUACUUCCCCUGCCUAUUUGCCUUCAUCGGCUCCAACGUAUCUGCCUGCUUCUUAUGCAACACCAUUGCAACAUCACCUUCCAUAUGGCACAGUGAGUGUUGCUCCUAAUAUCACAGCAUUUGGUGUUCCACCAACAUAUAUGCCACAGUUAACUCAAGUGUAUUCACCUCGACCUGGUACUGUGUAUGUCCCAGCUGCUGCCACAUUCGAUGCUGGUGCUCGUUUUGACGGACAUUCUAUGCCUGUUGUACCUCCUCCACCACCAAAUGUUGCACCAAAUGCUGCUCAGUUGGCUAUGAUGCAAGGCAAUCCUGUGGUUCUCAGUCAGCAGAAAAGCAGCUUCUUGAGUGGUGGUAGUGGAGCUGGUUUUACAUUCUGGUAGUUGAGGACCAAAAUGUUAAGAUAAUUGGUGAGUUCUAGGAGGAGAAUGCUCACAACUUUUAGCCAAGCUAUGCAAAGAUUCUGGCACAGUUGAUGGGCCCAGGCAACUUAUAUGCAAUGCAUUUUUCUAAAAAUGAAGGAAAAAAAACCCCAUCUUACAGGAAUUCUAGACUCUUAUUUGUCUUUCCCCAUUUUUCAUUGUAAAUCAUGAAUGCCUGAUUGCAUAUAUAUUAUAUAUUCUAUAGCAGCUUAAAUUAUAUACAUAUAUAUUUAAAUGUGUAUAUAUAUUUGAGCAGUUUUGUUUAUUUUGUAAACUAAGGAACAUAGAUAAAAAUAAAUGUAAAAAGUAGAAACCCUUGUAAUGAUCAUUAUUUUUUCAUUAUGUGUAUCAGAACCUGCAUGACAGUAAUAAAGGUGCUAUAGCAGUUCGAAAAUGAUUGAUAGUUUUACAUGAAAUAGCUUCUAUAUUUUAAGCAUGCAUAUAUAUUUAUUUCAGAUUUAUGUAAUAAAUAAUAUAUAGUUUAUAUAAAAAAAUAUUUCUGUUGAAAAUGUAUUUUAAAAAGUAUGAUUUUAAAAUACACAGUUUUGGAGAAACUCUCAUUCCUAAUCAAAAACAGUUUAGGGGAAAAUUAAAUAUAAUUGUUGAUUAUUCAGAUUCUGAUAAACUGAAUUUCUUAAAAACGAAAGAUAUUUUGUAUAUUUCGAGCUGAAAUUGAAAUACUAUCUAUUAAUAUCUUUGUAAGUGUUAUAAUAUGGCAUUGCAAUGAAAAAUGUACAAAAAUGAAGUAGCUAAAUUUAUUUUCUUUACAUUUUUAUUAUGAUGUUACUUAAUAAUGGUUAAUAUUUAUUUCAUAAUUUUUUAAUGAACGUUGCAUAUAGAUUGUUGUAUACCAUAAUUCUAUCUCUGUCAUCUGUGAGGAGAUCUUUAUAAAUAGCUGGGGAACUGAAAUGCACUAAUAUGUAAAACUAAAAAAUUCUAAAAUGCAGUAAUGUAUUCAUCUUUCAAAUCUGAAUUAGUUAUUAAUUAAUAAAGUUGACUUUUCUCAAA